AUGAUGUUGUCCCAUUCUAAUCGUGCAGCGUGGCGAUCGGUGGUGCGCUGUGUCGUUCAGGACACAGCAGAUCACCGAUCAAUGGAAAGAGCUGAAGAUGUCGGUUUGGUCAUGUGAUCAGCUGUGUCCAAUCACAGCUGUUCACAUCUGUCACGCUGACAGCUCGAGAGGAGAGCAGAGCCGGUAAUCAGCAUCCCUCAGAGGGGACACGUGCACUGAUCAUCAGGGCACUGAUGAUCAGUGUGCCCUGAUGAUCUGUGUAGCCCCAGCAGUGCCACCUGUCAGUGCCCAUCAGUGCCAGCUGUCAGUGCUCAACCAUGCCACCUGGCAGUGCCACAUCAAUGCCACAUAUCAGUUCCCACCAGUGCACAUCAAUGCCACAUAUCAGUGCCCAUCUGAGCUGCCUUUAAGUGUAACCCAUCAGUGCCAGUCAAUGCCACCUAUCAAUGCCAGUCAGAGCCACCUAUCAGUGAUGCCAAUCAGUGCCGCCUAUCAGUGCCAGUCAGUGCCGCCUAUCAGUGUGCAUCAGUGCUGCCUAUCAGUGCCCGUCAGUGCUGCCUAUCAGUGCGUCUAACAGUGCCACCUAACAGUGCCAGUCAGUG